GAUCAGCAAUAUCAUCUCUGUAUCAUAGUGCAUUAUUCGUUGAAUUUAUCGAGAAUAAAAUAAAAUUAAUUAUUCAUCGAUCGAAUGAUUUUGAAUGAUGGUUAAAUGGCUUCCUUCAGACUCCCGAACACCAAGACCAAGAUCAAGGUACGACUAUACACUCAUGGAGGAUCAGGAUGAUUCAAACUCUGAUAAGGAGCUCACUCAGCUGGCACAUCCUCCUCCUCGUCAGGCGUCGAGGCGAACCACCAACAUCGCGACAAAGUCCUGGCUCGUGAUUUCGGUGUUCGGGGAGGCGCGGGUAGAGGAGGCCGGGAAGCACCACAUCAGGCGCAGGACUGGGAUUCCGGGGCGGGAUCUGAGGAUUCUUGAUCCGGCGCUCUCAUACCCGUCUUCCGUGCUUGGCAGGGAGCGCGCCAUUGUGGUGAACUUGGAAAACAUCAAAGCCAUCAUCACUGCAAGUGAAAUGUUGCUCCUCAAUCCUAGGGAUCCCAGUCUUUCUCCUUUCGUUAGCGAUCUUGAGCACAAGCUUUGCUAUCUUGAUAAUUCUAAUUUGCGUUCUAACGGUAAUGAGGGGACUGAUCAAAAGUCAAUGGAGGAUUCACCAGCUUUCCUAUCAAAAAAUGGUGGUACUUCCAAGGUCCUGCCUUUUGAGUUCAGAGUGCUUGAAAUUUGCCUGAAAUUUGUUUGCAAGUGUCUAGAAUCCGAGGCUAGCACACUAGAGCAAGAAGCAUAUCCAGCUUUGGAUGAAUUAUCAGUGAGAGAUGAACUUGAACAUUUGCUCGAUGAUGAUAUGGAUAUGGCGGAAAUGUACCUUACCGAUAAGCAUAAUAAGCAGCAUGCCGAAGAACCGGAACCAAAAGAUGAUACCGAGGAUGACAGCGAUGAAGACGGAGGGAGCAGUAGAAGUAGCAGUGCAGACUUAAGUGGCCAGAAGCCAAAAGUUGAAGAGUUGGAGAUGUUAUUGGAAGCAUACUUUGCUCAACUGGAAGGAGCCUUGAGCAAACUAUCCACUAUGCGCGAAUACGUCGAUGAUACAGAGGACUACAUCAACAUCAUAUUGGAUGAGAAGCAGAACCAGCUUCUGCGAAUUGGAGUUGUAAUGAGCACAGCAAUUAUGCUUCUGAAUAUAGGCAUUGUGAUUGCAGGUAUAUAUGGGAUGAACAUCCGCAUACCACUCUUCGAUUACGGUGUCCCUAUGCAGUUCAAUAUGACCACUUUUGGGGUUAUCGCCGGCAUUGUUGUAUCGUUCUCUGUGGCCGUCCUAUCCAUCAAGAAAAAAGGGUUGCUUGGAUAAUUGAAUACGAACCAAACAGAGACUUAUGCGUCGUGUUCAAAUCUUACUGUAAUAAGAAAAACCACUCAGGGAGAGAAAAAAAAAAAACAGUGAGUACUGGUGUAGCUAUUCUAACUAAAGUAUGAUGCCAGUUGCUAGAUUCUGGCGAAAGGGAGAAAUUUUGUUUUCCUGCAAAAUCACAUGAAAACAAAUUUUAUUU